AAGUUCUUGCCAGGCUGGUGCGGAGAGAAAAAGUGCACGAAAAUAAGAUCAUUUUCGGUCAGGAAACAGGCUGCGGUGAAAAAGUCUGUCACAAGUUUUGCAGCAUCGCGUUCUCGUACGUUUCGCUGACGGUGGUGUGCCUCGUGGGGCUUUAGUGCAAUUUCGGGCUCGCGGGUGCCUGCGUGUGUGUGUGUUUGCUGUGGUUAACACCGUACCGUAAAAGUUAAGGCAGGGGCAGAUUGUCAACCAGUGUGUGCGAAAUUCAUGUCACAGCGAACCGGAAGUACCGUGUGUGUGUGUGAGAGUAGGUUGCCAAGUGCUAGCGCGUUUUUUCAUGUGUGACUAAGUGAGGUUUUCUCGUUUGCCGAUAAUCCCGAAGGUCAGUCCUCCGUGUGGUUCGCCGUAGCAGUGACUAAGAGGAGCGCCAGUCGGUGUAAUCGCUUCCCGCAUCCGGAUCAUUGCUCCGGCUGCUAUGUCCGGUUCCGUCCCUUGCCAAUCGGUGCCAGUAGGGAGCGCGAAGCGAAAGCGGUGAAAGGAAACUAAGCAACGCCGAAAAAGGAGAAAAUUCGUGCCUCGUCUGGUUGGUGCGUAGGUCCGGCCGAUCGCUAGCCGUCGGAGGAUGUAGCUGAUGUAGUUCGCAACACAAUUUAGCAUCUUUAUUUGCGACGUGUCACACAAAACGACCAUACUGCAUGCCGCAGUCCCUUGGCGUCAUACAAAAUACCUGCCUUCCCGUGUACGGUUUUUGUGUGACUGACAAGAGUUGAUACAAGCGGCAGAAUUCAUCAAAGAAAGCUGACAUUUUCGACCUCCCAAAACCACACGUACAUCCCUCCUCACACAACCAUAGCUCUGCAUGCUCGCCGGUACAAGGCUGCCUACUGGGCUUUAAAGAGAAAUUGCAUCGUCGUCGAUUGAUUUUGCUCCAACAUCAGUUACCAAACAACAACGCUCUCGAAGGAUAUUCCGUGGCUUCCCACAUAUCAAAACACACACAGACACAUACACAAACAUACAGCAACGCGGACGAGAAGCAUCGAGGAGGCGGCGCGUGAGCACACGUUUUUAUCGAUCCGUACGGAAAAUCAGGAAGUGCCAUCAGCUAGCCAGCCAGCCAGCCAGCCACCCAACUGCCCGUCGAGCUCAUUCCUGCUUCCCUAACGCUCUGGUCGGCUGCACGGGACGGACUGCAAAAAAACAGGGAAACCCUCCAAGACAAAAAGGGUACAAACCAGCCAACCGUCUCAUGCGAGCGUAAGUCAGUUCAAUGUUCGAGAUCAUCGUGCCAGCGUCAGUCUAACGCGAGCCGCCAAUUCUGUCCUCCUAAAAGGAAGUACAACACUCGCUUCAAGUGCAACAUCUAAAUCUAGAAAAAAAGUAUUGGAAGCAGCUAUCGAUUUACCCGCCAAAGCGUGUCUGUCGUCGUCCCGUCGUCGUCGUCAUCGCAACGGUCUGAGUGGCUUCGUGGGACCAUGUGCGCGAUCUGUACUGCCGUGCCGGAGAGUGACAUCUUUGUGCUGAGAUAGCAUAGAUACGCGUCCCUCGUAUUCAUCAUCAUUGUCGCGCAGCUGAUAAGCGCCGACCAGCAGCAGCCGCCGCCUCCGCCGUUCCUAUCCCGUCCUUCUGCGUGCGCCCGCAGCUUAUCGUCAUCAUCAUCAGCGCAAAACGAUCAUUGCUACCAACACCGCCAACCGAUAUAGCAUAAUAAGAGUGCGGCGUACGCCCAGCACCACCGACACCAGCACACCAGCGCGGGUCCACCUUCUGAAGAAACGAUUGUUGUGUUGUGUGCCAGCAACCUCCCACCCCCCAUUUCGCGCCCGCGAGCGCAUCAAGUUGCUCACGCACACCAACGCGGGGCACCAGGAACACCACCACCACCAUCAUUACCAUUGCCACGGUGAUUGCGGUGGUGGUCGUUGUAGAAGCGCGUCGCUGUGCCGCGGCAGCCACCGAUUGCGUGCCGGCAGUCGUUGAAGGCAUCGUUGGCGGCGUGCUUGCACUGACCGAGCACCGGCACCGUGCCUCAGUCGUCAGUCUGAUUGCGCGCCGGAGUGUCACGCGGGUGAAACCUCCCUGACCGGGUGUAAGCUACAUGAUGCCGCUGACGGAAGGAUCGGCCCCGGCCGAUCGGUGCUCGGCUUCGGGUUCGGCAGCAGGAUCGACGUUCGAUGUCCAGCUGGACACGGCGCUUACCGACGAUCGCCAUCAUCCCGGUGAUGAUCCUGCUGCCGCGCGUAUCGAAGCAGACGAGACCGAUCGGGCGGCGGUACCGACGUGUGUUGUUGCGAAUAAUGUACCGGAAGCCGAAGAAGAUGACGGACCGGCGGCAGUACAGAUCAAGAAAGCGCGUAAGUUCAUGCUUUUCCAAGCACCGAACCACCAGCACCACCACCAUCACCGGGCACACCGGUACGAUAUCGAGCAAGAAAAGUCGCAUCCUGACGCUGUGUCUACUUUAGCGGAGCUGUUGCAGGAGUCCGGUCUGCAGGCGUCCGUGCACGACAUCCUGAACGAUGGCGAGGAGGACCAGAUGUUUAUCACCGGGUACGAGCGAUGCCUGCGCAAAACGUUCCUGUGCUACGUGGGGUUCCUGCUCACGUUCGGCAUCCUGCGGCUGGUGAUGCACUGGCGGCGCCAUUGGUUGCUGCUAGCGACGCACCGGGAAUGUUCGCUCGAGCGGGCGGACAAGGUGCUGAUCCACGAAGCGUACCAGCGGAAGCACGAUCUGUACUACGUGAAGGACGUCAUAACGCUCAGCGGUGAUGUUAUCAGCGAAAUUCUGGACGAAAAGAAGAAACCGACCACCUCCAACGCACGCAACGUGAUCAAGGAACUGACGCAGAAUGGAGUUGCCGACUAUGUCGGAUUCUUUCGCUCGCUCGACCCCUUCCAGGUGGCGUACCAUCGAAGCGGUGGACGGUUCGAACAUGCGAGCACUAUGCGCUACUUUUGCUGCAAAAAGCUCCGGUAUAUCUGGUGUGACCUGAGCAAGCGGUUCAUCAAGCUGCAAGGUCUGGACGUGGAGGUGCCGAGCGUGCUCAUCCACCACACGAAAGGGCUUUCGAAGUACGAGCAAAGCAUCCGGCGGCUAAUCUACGGAAGUAACGAAAUCUUCAUCCCGCUGCGCAGCGUCCUCACGCUGCUGUUUCUCGAGGUGCUCAAUCCGUUCUACGUGUUUCAGAUCUUCUCGGUGGUACUGUGGUUCUUCUACGAGUACUACUACUACGCGGUGGUUAUUAUACUGAUGAGCGGCUUCGGCAUUACCGUGUCGAUCAUACAGACGCAGCGCAAUCAGCGCGCACUGUACUCGACGGUCAAGAGCACGGAUACGGCCAUGGUGGUGCGCGACACGAUGGAGUCGGAAACGAUCGAAACGCGCUUUUUGGUGCCGGGCGAUGUGCUGGAAAUUCCGGCCACCGGUUGCACGAUGCAGUGCGAUGCGGUGCUGCUGUCCGGCAAUUGCAUUCUCGACGAAUCGAUGCUCACCGGGGAGAGUGUGCCCGUGACGAAGACACCGUUGCCGCUGAAGCGUGAUUUGAUCUACAAUCGGAAGGAGCACGCGCGCCACACACUGUUCUGCGGGACACGGGUCAUCCAGACGCGUUACAUUGGCAGCGAGAAGGUGCUGGUGAAGGUGCUGAACACGGGCAACAUCACGGCAAAGGGUGGAUUGAUCCGGUCGAUUCUUUAUCCACCGCCGGUCGACUACAAGUUCGAGAAGGAUUCGUACAAGUUCAUUACCGUGCUCGGUGUGGUGGCGUUCUGUGGCUUUGUGUACACGCUGUACACGAAGAUCAGCCGCAGCAUCGGAGCGGUUAAGAUUAUUGUGGAAUCGUUGGAUCUGAUCACGAUCGCUGUUCCGCCGGCACUGCCGGCGGCGAUGACCGUUGGACGCAUGUACGCGCAGAAGCGUUUGAAGCGGAGCAACAUCUACUGCAUCUCGCCGCGCGCUAUCAACGUGUCCGGCAGCAUCGAUUGCGUGUGCUUCGACAAGACGGGAACGCUGACGGAGGACGGGCUCGAUAUGUGGGGUGUGCUGCCGAAGGAUUCGACCAACAGCUUUCAGAUACCGCUCAAGGACAUUGCCCGGUUGCCGAUGAGCGACCAUCUGCUGUUCGGCAUGGUGACGUGCCAUUCGAUUACGUUCGUAAACGGGGAGAUGCGGGGCGAUCCGCUCGAUUUGAAAAUAUUCGAAUCGACGGGCUGGAUUCUGGAGGAGGCGAAUGUGUCGGACGAGACCAAGUACGACAUGCUGUUCCCGACGAUUGUGAAGCCACCGCGCGGUGAUUCGCGCGAUGAGCUAAACCUCGAGCUGGACGUGGCGUACGACAACUCCAACGAUAUCGGUAUUGUGCGCGAGUUUUCCUUCACGAGCGCACUGCAACGGAUGUCGGUGGUCACGCGCAAGGUGUCCGACAAUCACUUCAACGUGUACGUGAAAGGAUCGCCCGAGAUGAUUAGCUCGCUCUGUCGGCCAGAGAGCAUCCCGGAAGAUUUCCAAUCGAAGCUCGGUUUCUACGCGCAGCAGGGCUACCGGAUCAUUGCGAUCGCGUACAAGCAGCUGGACAAGAAGCUAAACUACCCGAAGGUACAGAAAAUUGCGCGCGAAAAGGUUGAGUGCGAGCUAGAAUUUCUCGGCUUCGUAAUUUUGGAGAACCGACUCAAGGCGGACACGGAAGAGGUGAUCGAAAGUCUGAACGCAGCCAACAUACGGUCGGUAAUGGUGACCGGUGAUAAUCUGCUCACGGCGGCCAGCGUCGCGCACGACUGUGGGAUGAUCCUGCCGGGGCAGAACCUCGUCACGGUGACAGCCCACGCGGACAAGGCGAACCCGGAUCGGUACUUUCUAUCGUACGAUAUUACCGGCCAGCCACAGCUUACCCAGUCCGAUAUCAUUAACGACAACGACCAGAUGCCGGCGGAUGGUAAACCGGACGGUCCGGUCAUGCACCACCGGGUGAAGGAAAACGGCAACUACGCCCUCAUGACGGAAUCGAACAGUAUCAGCAGUUCGAUCGACACCUGCACCAUCUCGACCCAGCUCAGCACCAACUUCGACCAGAAGGAUCACCAUUCGCACCGGAUCAUGAUCGAACCACCGGACCAGCACGACGGUAUUAAGGUGGUCAAUGGUGGUGGAACGCUCGGUGGAAAAGGAACGGCCGGCUCCAGCUCGUUCCGGUUCGCGCUUACCGGCAAAACGUGGGCAAUCAUUAACGAACACUUCCCGGAGCUGGUGCCGACGAUAACUUCGUUCGGAACGGUGUUUGCCCGCAUGUCCCCGGACCAGAAGCAGCACCUGAUAACGGGGUUGCAAAACAUUGGCUACUACGUAGCGAUGUGUGGUGAUGGGGCGAACGAUUGCGGUGCGUUGAAGGCGGCCCAUACGGGGAUAUCACUGUCGGAAGCGGAAUCAUCCGUUGCUUCGCCUUUCACGUCGAAAAAUCCAACCAUUGCGUGCGUGCCGAACGUGAUCAAGGAGGGCCGUGCUGCGUUGGUCACCUCGUUCGGAAUCUUCAAGUUUAUGGCGGCAUACUCGCUCGUGCAGUUCGCCUCGGUUGUGAUCCUUUACUCGAUCGAUUCGAACCUCACCGAUUGGCAGUACCUGUACAUCGAUCUGUUCAUCAUCUCGAUCGUGGCAUUCUUCUUCGGCAAAACCUCCUCCUACGAUGGGCCGCUGGUGAAGCAAACACCGUCGAACUCGCUAAUAUCGCUUGCGCCGCUGCUUUCGCUCGCACUGCACAUGAUCGUGGCGAUCGGCAUACAGCUGGCCGGUUGGUAUCAUGUGCAGGCUCAGCCGUGGUUCGAACCGUUCAACUACACCUCCGACCGGGAGCUGAACGAUCACGGCUGCUUCGAAAACUACACCAUCUUUGCGAUCUCCUGCUAUCAGUAUCUUAUACUGGCGAUCGUCUUCUCCAAGGGUGCACCGUACCGGAAGUCGAUCUUCUCGAACUAUGGCUUCAUCAUUAGCAUUGUGGUGAAUGCGGCCAUUGCGGUUGUGCUGACCGUAUAUCCGCCCGCGUGGAUUGCGGAACAGUUCGAGCUUGUGAUGCCACCGGAGGGCGAGUUACGGUUCCGGCUGUACCUGGUAGCGUACGGGUUGAUCAAUUUCCUGCUGUCGCUGUUCAUCGAGCACGUGAUUGUGGACGAGAUUGCCUUCAAACGGUUGCGCUACCGGUGGCACAAUGUGGCGAAAUCGCGCCGCAAGUACUUACAGAUACAGCAAAGCUUCCAGCGCGAUAUCCACUCGCCGAGCGACUUUAAAACCGUGUUCGGAUGGUCGAGCGAAAAGUACGAUUACUGACGCCACCUUUCUGCUGACAGUGUCGCGUCGUCGGCACUCGAAAUGGCGGCGCGGCUGCUGUGGCUGGGUGUGGUGGUUGCGGUCGUAUGCCACUGGAAGGCGGUGGGCUACUACAACAGGGAAGCGAAGGUGCGGUAGCACCACCGGAUACCACGGCCCAACAUUGCACGGCCCGGUGUGUAGCUAGGAGCUGCUUGACCGAACCCUAUGCCUGCAAAGAGUUGAACGAACCUGCUAAAUUGUUGAUAUACCGUUUGUGUGAUAUUGUGCAUUGCUUUUACGUGUGGUUGUAUCAUCCCCACGGUUGAUGUUGGAAAUGAGAUGGAAUGCUGCUGCUACUCCAGGGCAAUACAUCCCCGCGUUACGAUAUUGAAAGACAAUAAUGUGAAUGUGAGCGUGUACCAUUAACCACCACCACCGGCGAAGGGAAGGAUCGAUCCAUCUUUGAUGAUACGUCUUGAGACGAAGUCCGAGAAAAGGAUAUGUCUCGCACCGACACCGACACACACAAACACUUAUACAUUUAUUUGUUUUGUGAAGCACACAUUCGUUCGGGGGGUUAUUCCCCGAGGCCAAGGCCUUCGUUGUGCGGACAGGAAGCUGUGUAGAUAUAUAUAUAUUAUACAAAGUCAAAAAACAAGCGCGUAUUGAUCAACAACAACAUACACAUACAUAUACAUAUAUAUAUCAGCAUCAUUCGAGAGUGUUUGCGGCGGUAUAGAGGGACAAAGAUGGUCGGCUAGCAAUUUGUAAUACGUUUUACAAAAGAAAAAAUAGCGAGCACAUGGGAUUACGUAGGUAGGUAGGGGACGGAACGAUUUAGUUGCGAGAGUCCGCGUUUUCCUCCGUCUGUAUUUUGUAGUAGUUGUGUUGUGGACGGAAAAUGCACACGCGCGGGGGUUUUUUUUUUUGUAGUAGUAGUUGCGGGUUGGAACAGUAGAAAAUGGCAGAAAUAUUUCCUGUCCUGUCCAAAAUAGCUAGCUGGAAGGCGGCAGGAAGCUCUCACGCCUAAAACUAGAUAGAAGGACGAUCAUACUCUUUCCCCUUUUCUAAUCUAGUGAUGUGUCUGCUUGUUUCGCAAGCUGGAAAAUAGCGCACACACUCGCACACCUUAAUUUGAAAUUUGUAAAGAAAAAGCUGCGUGAUUGUUGCGGCGCUUGCUUGUGUGCGCAAAAUUCUUUAGUGCGUAGUGGGAUUCAUUUUCACAACAGGGACAAAGAAAACCUCUAUUCGUUAGAUUUACUGCGCUAAAACAUAUUCUAAAACGUUCUAUCGUUAAUACCUAUUUACUAAACACAACACAAGGAGAGGCGAACACACAGGUUCCGGUUGCUGAUUUUCUGUGGCACACAAACACCAUCACUAACUACUACCUACCACUACUACUACUGAUAUUCUCACAAAUCUUGUGCAAUGAUAACGAUCGAUGGGUGAGGUCUCGCGCGAAGCGUAGGGCGAUAUGCUGACAGAUUAAUAAAAGCGCAAACUCAACGAUAACUCAAAGAGCAGGACGUUUAGGAAUCCGUUGUGGUCGGUCUUAAAGAUCGUGCCAAGAAAAUACCAAAUGAAUGUUACAAGGAAAGGGUUUGAAGGGCGCAAGAAACAAAAAAACAAGGAAAAGAAGGUUAAUCUACUUACGGUGAAAGGACGGUUGUCCUGUGGGAUGUGUAGAUCGUUAAGGAAAGGAUGUUAACAUAAGCACUUACGGCCUGGUAGAAACACAGGGAUGAUCGGACGGGAUGUGUGGCAUCGCAAGACGGACCACAACCACAGCAUCAUGCUACUGCAAGGUAGACGAUGAAAAGCAGUUGCAUUGCCACUUCUAUUUAAACACAAAAUGCUAGUUUUAGCUGGCCCUGCUUGGCACCUUUCUUACUGUAUUUCUUUACUUAAAUACACCUCAAAGAGCCAGGGCGGCGAACGGAAGGGAGAAAGGGAGUGAAAGGGAUUUUAGUUGAAAAAGUAUGUUAAACUCAUAAACUAUAUUUAAACAGAACCGCCCCGUGUGCAGCACAUAUGAGACCUAAGUAUUGGAGGAGUGCUACACACAAAACUAAAACGAGUAGAACCUAGUUAAAUUAAUUUGACAACCGCUUCUACCAAGCGUAUGGAGCGAUGAAGGAGAAAAAACACGAAAAGUUGUACCAUGUAGCAUGAAUUCGGUUCAAAAUCGUUUCAUCAAUGGUGUACACGAUAAAACCGAGCUAGAGAGAGAGAUACGCAUUUUGAUUGUGAAAAAGUUUUUUAAAAAACUUUUCAAACCCUACGAAUGCCGCUGCGCCUGCAUGUGUGUAUGACAUACGUGCAAACGAUUGUUAAAGAAAAAGCGAGAAACAGUUUAGUUUUUAGAGGAAACCGCGGCGGCGUGUACUCUUUGUGACGGUGCUAUAAACGAUGCCGAAGGAAGGUAGCCUGCGAUAGCGAGACGAAAAAGGAAGGACACAAACACAACCACACGCACACAUGCACACACGCAAAUGGUGGGAAGGAUUUGGUGUGAGCGUGUAUGUGUGUGUGUGGGUGUCCUGUGGGUGUGUGUAAAUAUAUGCAAACAAAACAUGUAGCCGGGGUUGAAUUUAAUGAAAUAAAUCGAUUCUACAAUGUGUAACUAUGAAA